CAGGGGGAGGGCUGCGCGCAGAGGAGCGCCGGUCCUGCGAGAUGCUGCACGCCCAGCUCCCCGCCGGAGGGGGGUAGCAGCCGCUGUCUCCGCGGCUCCUGCUCUUUUGCAAGGGCUGUUGCUGCCGCUGGACGCAACCUUCUCCCGACAUGGAACUGCUGCCGCCGCCGCCGCCGCCGCUGCUGGAGUGAGUGAGUGUGACGGGCAGAGCUAGCCGGCCGCAUGGAUGGAUGUGUUUAGCUUUGUGAAGAUUGGGAAGCUCUCCGGCCACAGGAAUAAGUCUUCAGGCUGGCCUCACCCUUCAGGGACCUGGAGCUUGAACCAGGGAGCACCUUAUGGAUGGGAGAUGACGGCAAACAGAGAUGGAAGAGAUUACUUCAUCAGUCACAUGACACAAUCAGCCACAUUUGAAGACCCUCGAAUAGAGAGCUGCCAAAUAACCCCUCCAACCCCUCGGAAAGUGGAAAUGAGGAGGGAUCCUGUGCUAGGAUUUGGGUUUGUGGCUGGUAGUGAAAAGCCAGUUGUUGUACGCUCAGUAACACCAGGCGGCCCCUCUGAAGGAAAGCUUAUUCCAGGGGAUCAGAUCAUAAUGAUUAAUGAUGAGCCAGUCAGCACUGCUCCAAGGGAGAGAGUCAUCGACCUUGUCAGAAGCUGCAAAGAAUCGAUCCUCCUUACUGUUGUUCAACCUUACCCUUCUCCUAAAUCAGCUUUUAUUAGUGCUGCAAAAAAGGCAAGAUUGAAGUCCAAUCCUGUUAAAGUGCGCUUCUCUGAGGAAGUAAUUAUCAAUGGGCAGGUGUCGGAAACAGUUAAGGACAACUCACUUCUUUUCAUGCCAAAUGUUCUAAAGGUAUAUCUUGAAAAUGGACAAACCAAAUCUUUCCGUUUUGACUGCAGCACUUCAAUAAAGGAUGUCAUCUUAACACUCCAAGAAAAGCUUUCCAUCAAGUGUAUUGAACACUUCUCCCUAAUGCUGGAGCAGAGAGUUGAAGGAUCUGGAACAAAACUUCUUCUGCUACAUGAACAAGAGACUCUAACUCAGGUUUGUGUAAUGGUAUAUGAAAACAGAUAUUCAUGAGACAGCUUAAUCAGUAAAUUACCCGUUUUUUUCAUUGCUCAAAUGAGGAAUAAUCCUCUUUCUGAUGAAGUUAAAUUUGGCUUGUUUACACAGAGCUGUAAUGAUGUGGUCCAGGAAAGAUUUGGACCAGAACUGAAAUAUGACAUUGCCCUGCGACUGGCUGCAUUGCAAAUGUAUAUUGCAACUGUGACCACAAAGCAAACUCAGAAAAUCUCCCUCAAAUACAUAGAAAAAGAAUGGGGAUUAGAGACUUUUCUUCCAUCUGCUGUGCUGCAAAGCAUGAAGGAAAAGAACAUAAAGAAAGCACUUUCCCACCUUGUCAAAGCAAAUCAAAACCUAGUUCCUCCAGGCAAAAAGCUCUCUGCUCUGCAAGCCAAGGUGCAUUAUCUAAAGUUCCUCAGUGAUCUACGAUUAUAUGGAGGGCGUGUCUUCAAGGCAACACUAGUGCAGGGAGAAAAGCGUUCAGAAGUGACUCUGUUAGUAGGGCCGCGGUACGGAAUCAGCCAUGUGAUAAACACCAAAACAAAUCUUGUGGCUCUCCUGGCAGACUUCAGCCACGUGAACAGAAUUGAGAUGUUUACAGAAGAUGAAAGCAAUGUUAGAGUUGAGCUGCAUGUCUUAGACGUAAAACCUAUUACUCUUCUGAUGGAGUCAUCAGAUGCAAUGAAUCUUGCUUGCCUAACAGCUGGGUACUACAGACUGCUGGUUGACUCAAGGCGUUCAAUAUUUAACAUGGCCAACAAGAAAAAUGCAGGGAGCCGAGAAACAGGACCUGAAAAUAGAGGGAAGCAUAAUAUCCUUGCUUCUGAGUGGAACUGUAUACCAAAAACUACCACUUUCCUGGCUGAAGGAGAUCAGGAGGCUGAAAUGUCCUUUGUUGAUCCAAAGCAGAAGACUAUAGAUGUUUCUGAAAGUCUGUUAUGUCAAAAAGAACACAGACAUCUGUACAUAGAAAAUACUUAUAAUUCAGGUGGAUUUGAUCAGCAUCUGGCCAAGCAAAAUGACCCUGCUGAAACAGAAGAAAGCAGAAAUUUUAACCAGCCUUCACUGUUGUCACUCUCAGGUUUGGAACCUAGCAAGAAAGCACAGGAUUCUCCCAGGGGAGCAAAAGUUUCUUUUAUAUUUGGAGAUCCCAACUUGGAUGGUAUCAGUCCCCAGACUCUUGGCUAUGAAAGGCUUUUGGAUGAAAGUCCAGAAGUAUUAGAAAAACAAAGAGCCAUUUACCUUAGUAAUGCCAAUGACAUUAAAGGCCUGGAGUUGUCACCAGAUGCUGAAAGCAUUCAGUUUGCUGCAAACUCUGUUUACGCAACUAUAAGCGAUGGUAAAAUAUUUGGAGCUGCAGAAGGGAUAGAAGAGCCUUUGCUGCAUGAUAUCUGUUAUGCAGAAAACACAGAUGAUGCCGAAGAUGAAGAUGAAGUGAGCUGUGAAGAAGAUAUUAUGGUAGGAGAAAUCAAUAGGCCUGCUCUUCUCAGCCUUUCUGGUUCUAGUGAUGACAUUAUUGAUUUGACUUCACUUCCACCUCCAGAAGGUGAUGACAAUGAAGAUGAUUUCCUUUUGCAUACCUUAAACAUGGCCAUUGCUGCUCCUCCACCUGGUUUCAGGGACAGUUCUGAUGAGGAAGACUCUCAGAAUCAAGCAACACAGCCUAGAGACAACAAGGAGCAAGACAGUAAUCUAGGCAAUGAUGACAUUCCAGUGUCGCUUAUCGAUGCUGUCCCUACUAAUACAGAGGGGAAGUGUGAGAAGGGGCUAGAUGAUGCUGUAGUCUCUACUCUUCAAGCACUAGAAGCUUUGGCUGCUUCAGAGGAACAGCAGACGAAUGACAAUUCAGGUGUAGCUAUCCUGCGAGCAUAUAGCCCUGAGUCAUCUUCAGAUUCUGGCAAUGAAACAAAUUCCUCUGAAAUGACUGAAAGCUCUGAACUAGCCACAGCACAGAAACAGUCGGAAAACACUGCACGUAUGUUUUUGACCACAAGUGAAGGCUACCAACCACUUGUGGAAGAGCAGACUGAAUUUCCUAUUGCUAAGAAUCAGGCUGGAGGGCCAGGCAUGAAGCCCUCACAGCCUUUGGCUGGUGGUCAGGAUGCAGAGCUACAGUCAAAAGUUGUGCCUUCAAAGCAGAUUCUUCAUUCCGAUAACAUGGAAAUGGAGCCAGAGACCAUGGAAACAAAAUCUGUCACUGAUUAUUUUAGCAAAUUGCACAUGGGAUCCUUGGUAUAUUCUUGCACUAGUAAAAGGAAAAAUAAGAUGACAGAUAGUGAAGUAAAAGCAUCCUCUGAUGGCAAUGCUACUGUGAAAAAGCAACAGGGAAAUAAAAAAGCAGAGUCUGAUGAAGAUCUAAAAGCUAAAUUUGGAACUCUUUCAGCAAGAGAUAGCCAGCGCCUAAGCACUUUUAAUGUGGAGAGAACUGCCUUUCGCCAAAGAUGGUAUGCUGCUGAUGAUGGGGCAGCAGAUAAGCCAAGCCCAGAAACAGUUAAUGGGAAGACUUUUCCAAGAGUUCCUGUACUUGGUAAAACAGAAACGGACUGUAAGGGUGAAGUGCAUCCUGAGGUAGAUCAGGAUGACACCUCAGGGCUUAGCCAAGGUGAAAAUUUCUUGUCAGACAUGACUCCCAUGUCUUCAGCCAAAGACCUAAAUGAUGCAGAAGAUACUGAUUUAUCUGCAGAUGACCAUCCUUCAAAGCUUCCAGAAGCUGAGCAGAGUGUGGCUAGACUUUGUGAGUAUCACUUGGCUAAGCGCAUGUCAUCUCUGCAAAGUGAAGGCCAUUUUUCUCUGCAGAGCUCUCAGUGCUCUUCAGUGGAUGCAGGAUGCAGCACAGGCAGUAGCACGUGUGCUACCCCAGUUGAAUCCCCUCUUUGUACCUCUGAUGGUAAACACAUCAUCUCUGAUCCAUCAAUGAAGGGCAUUGCCUAUGUUCCAGCAGAUGAAAGAGCUGCCAUACUUCCAAACCAUGGAACGACAUUCAAGGACCUGCACCAGCAGCCUGAAGCCGUGUGUCACAGAAUGACGGUGCCUGUUGUGCAUUCAGCAAUCAAUGCUGAACCACUUUUCGGCACUUUGAGAGAAGGAUGUCAUCGGAUCCCCAAGAUUAAAGAAACUACAGCUUUCACAGAGCCUGAAAAGGGAAGACAAGGAGGCAUGCCUACAGCUUUUCCUAGACAGCCUCUAGCUGACUCCAUCAUGCUAUCAUCCAUGCUAUCAGAAUCAAAGGUGCCAAGUCAAAAUGAAGACUCUUGUGACAUUCCCAAAGUAAAUCAGGCUUGUGGGGCAACAGUUAGUUUAUGGCCAUAUGACAUGAUAGGAGGAAGCCUCAGGAUGCCGCAGAACAAGAAAAUGCUGAGACGCAGCAGCAGCAGCAGCAGCAUUAGAGGAUCUGCAGGCACUGAGAUGCUGUUUGAGAAGAAGGCAGCCACAGCCAGCUUGAAAUGCCUGGACACCACCCAAAAGGAUGAAUCCAAAUCGGAGAGAAGGGUGGAAUUUUCUCUGGGUAAAAAGCUGUCAAAAAGUUACUCUCAGAGUUGUGUGUACGUCAGCACUGAUAGGAAGGACAGUAAGAGGUGUUCAGGCACAGGCACCAGUCAGAAGGACUCCAAGCAGUGUCGAACACUGCCCUUGCGAAAGCUGACCAGCAGCACCUGGAGGUGUCGGGGCCCCUUUAGCUAUUGCUUUCUCAGCAGAGGAAAUGAUGACAAUGAGGAGGAAGAUGACCGAGACAGCCAUCAGCUCUCACAUCUCUUCGAACCACAGACCCUGUGUGAGCUUGCAGAACCACUUGCUCAGUCGUCCGGUGACAACGAGCAGAAAGUCGUGGAGUCCCCGAAAGCUGCUGAGCCCCCACGUGAUGCAGUCAAUGAGCAUGAGAAGAGCAGUGCUGACACUCAAGGUGGCCAAAUUGAUGUGAAUCUCAAUGAUGUAGCCUUCGAUGCACGAAUCACACAAAUAAAUGUGAUGAAAGAGAAGACAUAUGCAAUGCCUGAUGGAUUUAUUGCAGCACAAAAGGAUGCCAAUGAGCUACUCUCACUGGUCCGAGCAAGUAUGGGCAAGAGAGAAGAUUUACAUCCAGAAACAUAUGACCUUAAACUUUCUAAGUACAAACAACUGUUAUCUUUGGAAUCGAGACAGUUGGGAAGUGCCUGCAGGAAAAUGGCCAUGGCUGAUAAAAGCCCUGAGGAAAUGCUUUUAGCUAUGACUUCCAGCUUUCAAGUACUCUGUUGCUUAACAGAAGCCUGCAUGCGUUUAGUUAAAGUCAUGAACUCUGAAACACAGCAGCAGGAAAUUAUAGCUAAGAUAGACGAGGUUGUGAUAAACUACAUUUGUCUUCUGAGGGCUGCAGAAGCAGUGUCAGGCAAGACCUCCGGUGAUCCUAGCAUUAAACUCUUGGCUCGACAUCCAAAUACCAUGGCCGCUAUUGUAAGCACACUAACACGUUCUCUUAAAAUGCUUUUAAACAAAUAAAAUACAAAAGUCACUUCAUAAUCUACCUUUGCAAAGCCAUACAUUAAAAAAUUUUAUUUACUGUAUGUGUAUGAACUAAUGUAACAAACUCAGCUUUCUCUGUAUAUUUUGUUACUUUAUAUAAAAUAGGUAUGAGAUUAAAAAAAGUUAAAAUACUGAACAUUGACAAAAGUGAUGACUAGAUCUGUCCUUCAGUUUAUACAAAAACAACAGCCAAAAACCCCUUUCCCCAAGAUCAGAAAAACAAAUAGAAAAAAGUCCCAUAUAGGAGCAAAUUGAUGUUUGGCUAUUUUUCAUAUAGUCAAAUUUAUGGUUGUAUGAAGUGAACUUCUAAAGCCUGUUAUGUCAAUGAAAUUGUUUUUUGUUUCAUCCAAGUUUUCACUUGGAGAAUUCUCCAUGUUUAGAAUGAUUAAUUAAAUCAUAAUGUAUAUAACACAAUAUUUAAUGUUUUAAAAUUAUAAUUUUUAAGCAUUGAAAAUAGCAAAAAGACAUUUAAAAUCCAAGAGACUAUUAUAACUUACUAGAAAAAAUAUAUAUAAUAAAUGACUUUUGUUCAUAUGGACUGAAUUACCUGAUUCUUCUUUUCUAGGAAAUUCUGUAUUUUAAAAAAAUGUAUUGAAUAUAUGAAUAUACCAACUUUAGAGGGGAUCUGAUGUAUUGAACUUUAGUGUUGGCAUUUUAGACAGUGAAGGUAACUGUAGAGGACUCAGGACACAGAAACCAGAGUGGUGGUGGUGUUCUCUCUGAAAAGAAAGAUUGAUGCCAUAAUGGUCAGACCAGAAUGUUAAGAGGCAGGUCUACAUACCCUUUUCCCUGGUAAACGACAGAGAGGACCAUCAGAAAAUUCCUAUGCUGUUUACUGUUUCAUCAUAUAUUUAUGGUGCACCUGAACAACACGGACUGCAUCUAUUUUGUUAAAUAUUUUAUACUUCAUAUUUUAUGAUUCUGAAUGUUUAACUGUAAAUAAGUUAGAAAUAAAAUGAAAUUUUCAGAAUACAAUAAAUAUCUCUGAAAUAUUUCCAGCUAGA